AUGGCAGCACCGGGAGGCCUCGCUUGGGUCUUCCCUAGUGGAGGAGGAGCUCGUUUAUCCCCCAAUAAUAGAGGCUCCUGCCAGGGGAACUCGGUGGAGAGGAAGAUCUACAUCCCCCUCAACAAGACGGCCCCGUGCGUUCGCCUCCUGAACGCCACCCACCAGAUCAGCUGCCAGUCCUCCAUCAGUGGAGACACGGGGGUGAUCCACGUGGUUGAGAAGGAGGAAGACCUCAACUGGGUGCUUGCUGAUGGCCCACACCCCCCCUACAUGAUCCUGCUGGAUGGGCAACUCUUCAACAGGAGGGUGAUGCUGAAGCUGAAGAAAACCUCCCGAGUGUCUGGCCUGGCUGUGACCAUUUCCAAGCCCAGCCCUGCUCAGGGGUUCUCACCUGGUUUGAAGUGUCCCAAUGAUGGGUUUGGUGUUUAUUCCAAAGAUUAUGGCCCCCAGUUUGCCCACUGCAACCAGACCCUGUGGAACCCCCUGGGCAGUGAACUUUCCUAUGAGGACUUUGACUUCCCAAUUUUUCUCCUUGAAGAUGCCAACGAGACACAAGUUAUUAAGCAGUGCUACCAAGACCACAAUGUCCCUCGGGAUGGGGUUGGCCCUGAGUACCCCCUGUGUGCCAUGCAGCUCUUCUCCCACAUGCAUGCUGUCACCAACACUGUCACCUGCAUGAGGCGCAGCUACCUCCAAAGCACCUUCAGCAUCAGUCCAGAGAUCAUGUGUGAUCCCCUUCUUGACUACAACGUGUGGAGCACUUUGCAGCCCAUCAACUCCUCUGGGAAAGUUGAGCCUGACAAGGAAUUUAUUCUUGUUGCCACAAGAAUUGACAGCCAUUCCUUCUUCUGGAACAUUGCUCCUGGGGCAGAGAGUGCUGUCUCCUCCUUUGCCACCCACUUGGCUGCUGCUGAAGCCCUUCAUAAAAUGCCAGAUAUUCAUUCCCUGCAAAGGAAUAUCAUGUUCACCUUCUUCCAAGGGGAGACCUUUGACUACAUUGGCAGCUCCAGGAUGGUGUAUGACAUGGAAAAGGACAAGUUCCCUCUCCGUUUGGACAACAUCCAUUCCUUCCUGGAGCUGAAUCAGGUGGCUCUGAGGGAGAACUCAGUGCUCUGGAUGCACACGGAUCCCGUCUCAAGGAUGAAUCAAUCUGUUGAAGUGCAGGUUAGAAACUUGCUGGAUAUUCUGAGCCGCAGCAGCCAGGGAGCGAACGUGACUUUCCAGGAAGCUCAGUUUUCACAACCUCUUCCUCCCUCCUCCUUCCAACGUUUCCUCCGUGCCCGGCACAUCCCAGGGGUGGUCCUGACCGACCACGAGGCUGCCUUCCACAACAGAUACUACCAGAGCAUGUAUGACACCCCAGAGAACAUCCAGAUGCAGUAUCCUGAGGGGCUGAGCCCUGAGGAAACCUUGGAAUAUGUCACAGACACAGCCAAGCCCCUGGCAGAGGUGCCCACGGUGGUGGCCCGUGCCCUGUACCGACUGGCAGGGGGAGCCAGCAGCACCUCGGCCAUCCAGGCAGAUCCAAGAACGGUCACUCAAAUGCUCUAUGGAUUUCUGAUUAAAAUGAACAAUUCCUGGUUUCAAUCCAUCAUUAAACCAGACUUAAAAGGAAUUCUGGGUGAUGUUCCUCAACACUAUGUGGCUGUUGCUGGCCCUGUGAACACCACCUACCUUGUGCAGUAUGUCCUGGCCAACCUCACAGGCACUGUGGUUAACCUCACCAAGGAAGAGUGCCAGAACCCUGAAAAGGCACCCAACACUGAGCAUGAGAUCUAUGACUAUGCCUGGGUUCAAGGUUCCCUGGACCCCAACUCAACAUCCCGAGUCCCCUUCUGUGUUCGGUCAAGUGUCCACCUGAGCAAAGCUCUUUCUCCUGCCUUUGAGCUGAGGCAGUGGGGAUCCACAGAAUAUUCCACAUGGACAGAGAGUCGGUGGAAAGAGAUCCGUGCCAGGAUAUUCCUGGUAGCCAGCAAGGAGCUAGAGAUCCUCACCUUGCUGGUGGGCAUUGCCAUCCUCAUCAUCUCCCUCUUUGCCACCUACUUCAUCAAUGCCAAAGCUGAUGUCCUUUUCAGCAUCCCACGGGACCCUGGGGCUGUGUCUUACUGAAGAUUGAGAAGUCUUAACCCCUUGGAUUACAAUUGUCAAAGAGCAAACUACACUGGAAUGCCCCUCUCCCUGGAUA